UUCUCUUUUAUUUUUCUAGCUGUUGCCCUUUUUCUCUCUUUGUACCCAAAUAAAGUAGAAAAAAAAAAAAAAAAACUUGUUAUUAAAAAUUUACUUUUAUAUCGAUUGCCUUUUUUAUAAUUUCAAAAGUCAAAAAAAAUAAUAUACAAAUGCAGUCAACAGGCUAUUAUCCAACAAGCCAACAAGCUUAUUUGGUUCAACAACAGCAACAUCAGCAGCAACAACAACAACAACAACAGACGUCUCCUUUACCCCACCGACCACAAGCGUUAAACCAAGUGAUUAUGGAAGAGCCUCUGGAAGGCGAUGAGGAAGACGAUGAGGAAGAAGAAAAGAAACCCAUGAGACGGUCAGGUCGUCGCAAGAUCAAGAUUGAGUACAUUGAGGACAAGACUCGACGUCAUAUUACAUUUUCAAAAAGAAAGGCGGGUAUCAUGAAAAAGGCGUAUGAAUUGUCCACACUCACGGGUACCCAAGUCUUGUUGUUAGUCGUAUCCGAAACCGGCCUCGUUUAUACCUUUACCACACCCAAACUUCAGCCUCUCGUCACUAAACCAGAAGGCAAGAAUCUGAUUCAAUCUUGUUUAAACGCUCCUGAUACCUCUCUGGAUACAAAUCCACCCUCUUCCUCUCCUUCAAUGGUAUAAUCUUUAUAUAAUUUAGUUUUCCGGGAAAUCUAUUUUGUUUUUUCUCACACUUAUUUUAUUCAUCAUUAGGGAAAUCUGUACCAAGCUCAAAAAUAGUUUCUCUCU